AUGGAGGAACCAGUACAUCAAACAACUAUGAAUGAGACGGAAGAUGCUCCGAAAGUUUUCGAUUAUGCGAAAAUUGUUGCUGAGAAAUUGAACAUCCCAUUCGACUACAAAAAAGCGUACGGUCGUCAACCAGCGAUUCAGCUGAAGAAGAAGACGUACGAGGAGCUUUUGGCUCAAGUCGAACAUGACGAUUCUGAUGAUAGUGACGACGAGGAACCUGUCGAGCUUCACGCAUCUGUCAAAGAGCGUUCGCUCAAGCUUCUGGUAAGGGUUCAGAAGACGGUAAUCCCUCUUAGAUUGUCAAAAAAUUUCCAGACAAACAUCCCCAUUGUUCACGCCUUCAAUAUGGCUGAAACUCGUCUGGGAACUUCGACCCAUUAG